CAUUCUCAAAUUCUUUUUCGCGCGAUACUUUCUCUUCUCGUUCUUUUUCUUUUUUUUUCCCGCAAUUUUCAUAACGAAACAAGAAUUUGUGUGCUUCAGCUAUGGCUCGGAGAAGAGCCUCACCUCGAUCUCCAUCCUCCACUCUCUGGCCGUUUUUACCAACCUCAACUUCAACUUCGACGUUUCCUCUCUCAACCGCCUCUUCGACGCUCCCGCGUUCCUGUUCUUCAAGGACCUCACCGUNGAUCGCAUCACCUUUAGAUUCUCCACCGGGUUCCCUCCGGCCUUCACGAUCGAACUUCACAGCAUGCGCGUCGUGCAAUCGUUCGAGAAGACGGAAGCUGAGGAAUGCGUGGUGCGAUUGCGAAAUUCGUGUUAAUGGUGAAGAAGCAAGGACAAACUCGUCUUGCACAGUAUUACGAGUUAAUGGUGAACAAUCAGAUUCUAUCUCACUCUAGAAGAAAGGCGAACCCUGGAAGGCGAAAUUGUUCGGAAAUGCCUCGCCCGUAGUGAUUACCAGGUAUGUUCUUGUUUCCUUCUCUCUUUGGUGAUUAGGUUUUCUAGAUUUGGCAAAAAUUGGGGAUACGAAACUAGGCUUAUGAUNUUCUGAAAUUGAUUGUUCCAGUUGUUAAUUAGCANUGUUAUAGAUGGAUUUCAAUGUUAAAAUAAUGAAUUCUCUAACUGCAUUUCGUUUCAGCUAGUUAAGUACUCAUUUUACUUUUGUUGUCAAAAUUCUGAUGCAUUAGUUCAGUGUCUUUUGCUGCAUAAUCUUUGUUUACAUAGUGACUUCAUGAUUCCAUUGCAUUUAACCAAUUUUGUUUACAUUUCAUGCAUAUUUUCAUUGAU